AAAAAAACAAAAAACAGUCUAGAAUUGGAAAAAAACACGGAACAGGUGGAUGAAAUGGAUUAUUAUAUUUGACUGUGUUAUGUAAGUUAUGUAAGCCGCCGGAGAGACCGAUGCGUUGGUUGAGCGCUUGACGUUACUUCGUGGCGACGCGUGUAUCUAAGGCGCACGAGGACCUUUAUCUCCACCAGGGAUGGAGGAGAACUCAGCUCCAUGAGCAGGAGGAGACGUGGCGAUGCUCUGCUCAUUGAGCCUCUGAGCUCCCUGUGAUGUGAUGCGGCAGCAGAGCGGGAGACCGUAAGCUCUCCCUCCGCCUUCGUGCAGAAACAUUGAAACUGAGGAUGCGGUUUUUCAGCGUCGGUCGCUGAGCUUUCUGCAGUUGACACCAGGAGGAAGACACAUAUUGGCCGCGCUCCGGUGGAAGCAUCACACUCGGCGGGCAGGCAACCAUGGCGGGCGCAAAGCUGACGCCUUCGCCCUCGGAGAUCGACCCAGACGUGAAGACCGAGGUGCAGAAAACACCAGAGCCCACAUGGGUCAACCCCUCCAAUCCUCUCCGGACCGUAGACUCUUUUGGGAGCGAUGCGGGCCAAAGGUAUCAGGAGGAGUACAGUAUGGACUCAACCAAUGCCCAGGUGCAGGUGGAGUUCUACGUGAAUGAAAACACCUUCAAGGAGAGGUUGAAGCUUUUUUUCAUCAAGAACCAAAGGUCAAGCCUGAGAAUCCGUCUGUUCAACUUCUCGCUCAAGAUUCUCACCUGUGUUCUCUACACCGUUAGAGUCACUCUGGACGACCCCGAGCAAAUCAAUAGCCCAUGCACAUUAUGUCACAACAACAGUGGGACAAAUCUAUCAGACUCAACACAAAUCAACUGGCACCUGAUUUUCUCGGUGAACAGACGGGUUUCUGUAUGGGCGAUACAGGUGUCAGUGGCCUUAAUCAGUUUCUUGGAGACCAUGCUUAUCACAUAUCUGAGCUACAAGGGAAACAUUUGGGAGCAGAUCUUUCAGAUAACCUUCAUAUUGGAGAUGAUCAAUUCAGUGCCAUUUAUAAUCACUAUUUUCUGGCCUCCAUGGAGAAACAUAUUUGUCCCUGUAUUUCUUAAUUGCUGGCUAGCCAAAGGAGCCCUGGAGAACAUGAUAAAUGACUUCCAUCGUGCCAUCCAGAGGACCCACUCUGCCAUGUUCAACCAGGUGUUCAUCCUCAUCUGUACAUUAAUGUGUCUGGUUUUCACUGGAGCUUGUGGGAUUCAGCACCUAGAGAGAGCCGGGAAGAACCUGUCCUUGUUUGACUCGUUCUAUUUCUGCAUUGUCACCUUCUCCACUGUCGGAUAUGGGGAUGUCACGCCUCAGAUUUGGCCCUCGCAGCUGCUGGUGGUCAUUCUCAUCUGUGUUGCUCUAGUGGUCCUUCCAUUGCAGUUUGAGGAACUAGCGUACCUAUGGAUGGAGAGUCAGAAGUUAGGAGGGAACUACAGCCGGCACCGGGCACAGACAGAGAAGCAUGUGGUGUUGUGUGUCAGCUCACUGAAGAUUGACCUGCUGAUGGAUUUCCUCAACGAGUUCUAUGCUCAUCCUAGACUACAGGACUACUACGUGGUGAUUCUGUGUCCAACAGAGAUGGACAUUCAAGUUCGCCGUAUCCUCCAAAUCCCUCUGUGGUCCCAGAGAGUGAUCUACCUGCAAGGAUCUGCUCUCAAAGACCAGGACCUGAUGAGGGCCAAGAUGGAUGAUGCUGAGGCCUGCUUUAUUUUAAGCAGCAGGAACGAAGUUGACCGAACUGCUGCAGAUCACCAGACGAUUCUAAGGGCCUGGGCUGCGAAGGACUUUGCUCCAAACUGUCCUCUCUACGUCCAAAUCCUCAAACCAGAAAAUAAAUUUCAUGUUAAGUUUGCUGAUCAUGUAGUAUGUGAGGAAGAGUUCAAGUAUGCCAUGUUGGCUCUCAACUGUGUGUGUCCAGCCAUGUCGACCUUAGUCACUCUCUUGGUUCACACUUCCAGAGGACAGGAGGGGCAGCUGUCACCAGAGCAGUGGCAGAGGAUAUAUGGACGCUGCUCAGGGAACGAGGUCUACCACAUCCGCUUGUGUGACAGCAAGUUUUUUGGGGAGUACGAUGGAAAAAGCUUCACCUAUGCUUCCUUCCACGCCCAUAAAAAGUACGGUGUGUGUUUGAUUGGUGUGAAGAGGGAGGAUAACAAGAGCAUCCUCCUGAACCCCGGCCCGCGCCACAUCAUGGCUGCCCCGGACACCUGCUACUAUAUCAACAUCACCAAGGAGGAGAACUCUGCCUUUAUCUUCAAACAGGAGGAGAAACACAGCAAAGGUCUGUCUGUCACUGGCCUGUACGACGCCCCCUCCAGGCUGCCCGUGCACAGCAUCAUCGCCAGCAUGGUUGAUCAGACCACUUCCUAUGGCACUGUAGCCAUAGAUCUGCAGAACCCUGAUCCGCCCGAGGAAAGCAGCAAGCUGUCCUUGCCGACAGAGAAUGGCUCUGGAAGCCGCAGACCAAGCAUCGCGCCGGUUCUAGAGAUCGCAGAUUCGUCGGCGAUUCUGCCCUGUGACCUCCUCAGCGACCAAUCAGAGGAUGAAACCAACCAGUCGGAUGAAGAAGGCUCUGUAGGGUCAGAUUUUGUGAAGGGUUACCCCCCGAACUCGCCCUACAUCGGCAGCUCACCAACUCUGUGCCACCUGCUCCCACAGAAAGCUCCAUUCUGCUGCCUUCGCCUCGACAAGGGCUGCACACAUAACAGCUUUGAGGACGCCAAGGCAUACGGCUUCAAGAAUAAGCUGAUUAUAGUGUCUGCAGAGACGGCAGGAAAUGGCCUCUACAACUUCAUUGUUCCGCUGCGCGCUUACUAUCGGUCCAGGAAGGAGCUCAACCCCAUAGUGCUGCUGCUGGAUUACCCGCCAGACAACCACUUCUUAGAGGCCAUUUGCUGCUUUCCAAUGGUUUACUUCAUGGCUGGCACAAUCGACAAUCUGGAUAAUCUGCUGCAGUGUGGUAUAAUCUAUGCUGACAACUUGGUGGUUGUGGACAAAGAGAGCACCAUGAGUGCUAAGGAGGACUACAUGGCAGAUGCCAAGACCAUUGUCAAUGUCCAGACUAUGUUCAGGUUGUUCCCCAGCCUCAGCAUCAUCACUGAGCUCACACACCCGUCCAACAUGAGGUUCAUGCAGUUCAGGGCCAAGGACUGUUACUCACUCGCUCUCUCCAAACUGGAGAAGAUAGAGCGUGAUAAGGGCUCGAACCUGGCCUUCAUGUUCCGGCUGCCGUUUGCUGCGGGCAGGGUUUUCAGCAUCAGCAUGUUGGACACACUGCUUUACCAGUCAUUUGUGAAGGACUACAUGAUCGCUAUUGUAAGGCUUCUUCUGGGUCUGGACACCACGCCAGGCUCUGGGUACUUGUGUGUUAUGAAGAUCACAGAGGAGGAUCUGUGGAUCAGGACGUACGGCAGACUCUUCCAGAAACUUUGUUCCUCCAGCGCUGAGAUCCCCAUUGGGAUUUACCGCACUGAGUCGCACAUGUUCUCGUCCUCGGAGUGCAAAGACGGUUAUGUUCAGUCUCAGGUGUCUAUUAAUGUGGAGCAUGGUGAGGACCAUAGAGAACGUGGAGACACCUGGAAGGAGAAGAUGGGGCACAAAAACUCGACUGCUAGCGACCAAUCGGAUCACCCGCUGCUGAGGAAGAAGAGCAUGCAGUGGGCGCGGCGUCUGAGCAGGAAGAGCACCAAACCGCCGAGUCGAGCCGAGCGCAUCUCGCAGCAGAGACUCAACCUGUACCGGCGCUCCGAGCGCCAGGAGCUGUCCGAGCUCGUCAAGAAUCGCAUGAAGCACCUGGGUCUGCCCACGGUCGGAUACGAGGAUGUUUCUAAUCUCACUGCGAGUGAUGUCAUGAAUCGAGUAAAUCUAGGAUAUUUGCAAGAGUUGCAGGACAUUUCAGAGCAUCCAUAUACAGAGGGGACCAGGCCGUCAGGGCCACUCCAAGACGAGAUGAACGACCACCAGAACACUCUGUCCUACGUCCUCAUCAAUCCUCCUCCUGACACCAUGCUGGAGCUCAAUGACAUUGUGUAUAUAAUCCGGCCUGACCCGCUGGCACACAUGCCAGAGGACACUCCGGUGGGUCAGGCAUGUGGCACCAGGAACCUGCAGGACAUUGGCAUGGAGACACGAGACGAGACUCACCUCUGAAGUCCCUCCCCCUUUGUGCUCAACACUCUGACCCUUAACCGCUAAGCCACACCUGGGCCGACGGAGCUCGUCUGUCUCACGCAGACGCCGGCUUGUCUCGGGUCGUCGUCCAUAGUGAAUGUGCAUUUUUGUGUCUCUCAGACCAGGAACAAUGAACAUUUUCAGAUUUGCUUUGAGAGAUGCGCCGUCCAACUGAGCUGCUAGAGAAGGAUGCAUGAAGAGUGCCUCGUCAUUGACCGCCCCGCCCCCCGUCUGCCCUCCACACGCCCCCCGGUACAAGCACAUGCCGCCCAAGCAAGACAACCUGAUACAGAGAAGCAGGAUCUGCACAUGACUCUCUCUACACAACCAAAGGUCAGAGAAUCGCUCACGUGAGGAAGUCCUUGGUCUUUUCUUUUCACGCACAUACGUGAUAUGAAAUCAUCACUUCACUUAACAUGCUUUGCUCAGGGGUGACGCUGCUGCUUCAUCGUCUGUUUUCACCUUAAUCUCGGGUCUCAGCUGCUCCCAGGGGUUAAAGGUCUUCACAACAAGUGGUCAGUUGGUAAAAAAAAAAAAGAAAAAAAACAACAGUUGGUGUAGCACCACAAUUUUUGAGAAGCUGUGUUUUCUUUACAUUAAACCCUAUAAUCCCUCCUCCACACGAUCUUUAAUUAAUGACAUUUUCUUUGUUUGUUUGUUUUUUAGAUGUACAGUUUAUUUAUUAUUUACAGCACAUACAGUCAUUCAUUAAUAUUUCUUUGUGUCUUUGGAGGCAAAUAUGUGUUACUCUAGUGUUUACUGUUUAUGAGUCUCUCAUAUCUGCUCUAUGUGCCAUUCUGUUUACUCUAUUUUUUACGUAUUUGUUCGAUAUUUAAGGAAA